AUGAAAGAUUUGUUUGGUGACAGUGCUACGAAUUCCACAUCACAGAUUACUGCACCAUCUUCAAGAGUAGAAAAUUUUGCUGAUACUUCAUCUAUGAUAAAGACACCAAAAUCAGCGUCAAUUACUGGCUGUACAUCUACACAAGCUGUAGUUGCUGCAACGCAAAAGCGAACCUCAGUAAAGACAGCUUCUUUGAAAGCAGAAAACUUACGGGAUCUAAAUCAGAACGUCACGAUAGUAAACCUUAUUGGUAGUGUCCAUCUUGUAAAGAAGAUCGAGUUGAUGAUAUGCGACAAUGUCUUACUUGGUGCGUUUGGUAUCAUGGGUGUGUGUUGGACUCACACCCGCUGA